GAUUGUUCUGGUUUUUCGAAUCCAGAGAGAGGGUUUCAUUUCAAGUGUAAGACCUCAACCAGAAAAAAUGGCGUCCAAUUCUGGAAGACGAUUACUUCAGAGGUCAACAGAGACGGUUAGGGCAUUGCUAAGUCGUAGCCAAAGAGCUCAAUCAACUCCAUUUAAUCUCAGCGGGCUCGCACCCACCAAACCUACUCCUUCCUCUCGCCUCUCUGGUCAAAAUCAUUCGUUCUUCUUCUCCAGGCUUCCAGUGGAAUUGGGUUGUGCUGAGUCUUUGAUGCCUCUGCACUCAGCCACUGCUUCUGCCUUGCUAACGUCCAUGUUGUCUUCAAAGGUUGGCCAAUGGGGUACUCUCUCUGAAGGAUUUGCGACUCCACUAUAACAGGGCCUUUCAAGUCUUCGGCAUAUCCUGAGAUGCUGGCAAGAGUACCUUCAGAAGCUACCUCUUUUUGUCCUUUAGAAUAAAUCAUUUGUAACUUCAUAGAGAAAGGAUACAUAGUAUUUCUAAGGAAUUGUUCUUCAUGAUUGUUCUCUGCGUGCUCCUAUAAUACAAUGUUUCACCAGUUUGUUUGAUCUUACUCUUGAAAGAGAAUAGAAUUGGUUUAUUUGUUUGGUUUA